UAUAGUCUGUGAGCCUGUAGUUCGUCGAGGACUUCCAAACGUGAAGAGGCAGGUGACAGAUAGGUCGGAGUAUCGUGCUUCUCGUACCUUGUUUCUUCGCGCCGAAUAUUAUAGCGAUUGUUAAUCGGGCGACUACGCUCGAUUUCAUAGGCGCGAUCCGAGCUAUAAAUAUCGGGAUAAAACGCGCGGCGGGAUUUAAAUUUGGAGCGUAAUCGAGCGGAACAGCCGGUUCGACGAGGCAUAUAGGACGAGGGCUAUUUUAAAACGAUAUUGGAGGGAUCCUUUUUAUGACGGAUUCGGUGCGAGGCGACGCGUAUGCGAUCGACGAUCUUCGAGGAUACCUUCGCCCGUCUUCGCCGUAACAUCAUUUAAUAUGGGGAUAAUCCUGCCGAAAUUUCGGAAAAAGAAGACAACGAUUGAAAUUUUAGAAGAUCUUGAUGCACAAAUUAAAGAGACCCAACAGUAUGCACAGACUAUGGAACGGAGGCAUAAGAAGAUAGUGGGAACUAUCAUCAUUUAUGGAGUUGUUCUUUGUAUUAUGAUAGCAUUUAUCUCUUAUUUCUGCUUCUUUCCAGCUACAUUAUACAAUCAGCUCUUUUUUGUAACACUAUUACUAUCUUUCCCAAUUUUAAUAUUUAUAAUAAAGAAAAUUGUUUCAUGGUACUAUAAUUGUAAAAUUACUAACAACCAGGAAAAACUAUCAGAGAUUGUGUCAGAGAAAAAGAAAAUAUUAAAUGAAGUUACUGAAACAGAAACUUAUAAGAAAGCUAAAGAAAUAUUAUUAAAGUUUGCACCAGAUGAAUUAAACAUGACGCCUUUAAGUCCAAUGCUUACUUCAAAAGUAUCAACGCCGACUGAAACACCUCGGCGUCCUACAACACAGGCUGUAUCUCCUUUGUCUGGAUCUUCAGAAUUAAGAAGAAGGCCUAUAUCAACUCAUAAUGCACGAAUUGGUGUAACUAGUCCUGGUGUAGUGACUCUUAACGUUAGACCAAUUAAUCAGUCAAUAAAUUCUCCUUUUCCGUCUAAUGCUAGAAUAAUUAAUCCUGCCUCCAUAGGUUUUCGAUUACCAUUACCACGACCUGUGCUGCCACAAGAAAGGAAUAUGAUUGAUCGUUUAGUGGAUUACUUAGUAGGUGAUGGCCCUUCAAAUCGUUAUGCUUUAGUUUGUCGGCAAUGCAAUUCACAUAAUGGAAUGGCUUUGAAAGAAGAGUUUGAAUAUAUUGCAUUCAGAUGUUGCUAUUGUGGUUUUUGGAAUCCAGCAAGGAAACAGAAACCUUUUGCCCCAAAAUUAGAAUUUGAUAGCUGUGCUGUAACUUGGAAUACAUCCGAAGCCACUUCUAACAAUGCAGAUAAAGAGCCAAUAAAACUUUCUGAAUUGGAAACAUCCACACAAUCAGAUACAGAUUCGGAUAUUGAAGUAGUUGAAAGACCAGGCGAAACGUCUGACACUCCAGAAUCAGAAUCUAAGGAAUUAUUAAAUGAGAAUGAAUCUGAUAAAGUAGAGACGUGACGCAAUACUCAAUUUUUGUAAUUGAACUUAUCACAUAUAAAAAUAUUUUUAUGAAAU